AUUAAAGAGGUUGUUUCUAUUUACGAGUGUGUGCGCGGUAUUUAGGUGCGCACUGAAACAUUCUUUCGCUAGGCCACCAAUUCACAAAAUGCUGCUCUCACGGUGCACUACGUCCCUCAACAUCAUACAACAACGAUGGCCCGCAAUGGUCGGACAAAAUCUGAACCGAACAGUUAACAGCACACGAUCGCUGCAUCAAUCCGGCUCAACACAGAGCUCCCCAUACACAGUGGCGCAUUUAACUGAACGCAAGUUUGUCCGUGUGCAAGGAGCCGAUUCGGUCAGCUUCCUACAAGGGCUGAUGACUAACGAUAUGCGACACUUUGAACACUGCGGAGUAAUGUACGCAAUGUUUCUGAAAGCGAAUGGGCGAGUUUUCUGUGAUACACUCAUUUACAAACGGCCUGAGGCGGAGGCGGAACCACACGAUUAUCUGCUCGAGUGCGACGCGUCCGUGGCAUCGAGGCUGGAGAAACAUUUGAAGCUUUACCGGUUGCGAAAGAAGGUGCAGGUGGGAAUGGAUGAAACAUACCACGUUUGGGCCGCGUUCAAGAAUGAAAUUGCCGACGGUGAAGAAGAGGGACCGAAUGCAAACAGUCGCUUACACGUGCUCAAAGAUCCACGAUUAGCACGGCUCGGUUAUCGAGUGCUAAUCGAUAAAGAACAAUCUGACACGAGGAAGCUUUUGAACUCGAUCUUCCCUGACGCAGUAGUGUCUACCGACAAAGCUGACCCGUACACAGAAUUUCGCUACUCGCUCGGUAUUGGAGAGGGAGAAGAAAAUCUUCCAGAUGGAAAAUGUUUCCCACUCGAAUGUAACUGCGAUCUGCUGCAUGGUGUUAGCUUCCACAAGGGUUGCUACAUCGGCCAGGAGCUAACUGCAAGAACGUACCACACAGGUGUGAUACGUAAACGGCUGAUGCCGCUCGUGUUUGAAAGUGUGCCCAAGUUAUCCGCUGCUCCGGAAACGUUGCGUGAUGCUGAGAUUAAAAACAGUGAAGGAACCGUUGUAGGAAAGCUACGAGGUUUGUUCGGUCAUCAUGCUAUCGGUUUGCUACGCAUCGAGAAGAUCCUGCCCGGAGGGGAGCUAACACUGAAUGUACCGGGCGAAACGAAUGCCAUUCCCUGUCGCACAAACAAACCUUCCUGGUGGCCCAAAGAACUUAACACCCGUGCUUAAUGUGUUUCGAUUAGCAAGAGCAAGCAGCGUUAUGAGUUUUUUUCUUCCUUUUCUCUUUCUCCUCGGCAUCACAAACCUUCGCAAUAUGAGCUAUGGCAACGGCACAACAUCCUGCGAUUAACAUGGA